AUAAAAUUCAAGAUAGUCGAACUAUCAUAGAUAAAAUAAAUCAAUCGCAAAUAAAACUGUCAUUUAUACUUACCUAUACUGUAACUCUUCUAUUUUAUGAUCAUGUUCCAGUACGCGAUUGACGCCAAAACGUCCAUUUAUCUUUCCGAACAGGAUUCCAGUACAGUUUCGGGCUGUAGUCCACUGGAACCGUUACCUUUAUGUGCAAAAAGAAAGAAAAAUAUUGUGACAUUUUUUACAGUUAGACUGGGCCCGGUCUUAUGUAAGCAAGUCAUGAUGAGUAUGUGGUUCCCGGGUCCAGUUGAAUCGAAGCUAUGUCCAAUACUGAAAAAGCAGAAAAAGUAAAAGAGUUCUACACAAAUGAUAUAGUUUACCGAUUCGAUAAGCACAAGAGGGUCGUUAUUGGGGUAGUCGUCAAUAGCAUUAAUAGCUAUGAGGCUGCUCCAGAUGUGGACGAAUAUCAGGCCUUGCAGAAGGGCCAAAUCAGAGUUUUGUGGAGUAACACUUCCAGGGAGCAAGUGUGGAAGCAAAAUAAAGUGCGGCUGAUGAGUAGAAAUAUCAUUCCUGGUGACAUAGUUCGAAGGCUAGAGAAGGGUAAAGAAACACAAAGGGGGUACUGCAAAGAAGCAACACAAGUGGCUACAGUACAAAUUGUUGGUACUGACAAAGUUAUUGAACAUAUUCCCGAUGAUAGGUUACACAAUGUUAGGCCCUAUUCUAUUGAUGAUGCUGUCUGUUUAGGUAGCAAAUUUGGUAGAAUUGAAGGUGUAGAUCAAAUGGUUUCAAUGCAGUCAAAAUGUGGAUCCAUUGUACAGGUUUUGACCAGUAUUAAUCAUGAUUUAGAUGACCAUUGGCUAUCUAAAAGAAACAGGUUGUCAUUUGAGCCUUUUUACCAGUAUUAUCCUGGACAAGAACUGGUUUGUAUACCUAGUAGUUUGGAACAGGCUCACUGGAUAAAGAAAACUAAAACUAUGAAGAGAAAUAUGCAAGCAAGACAGAGGUUCACAGUUCAGAGUGUGGAAGAUGUUCUAAUUGAAAUAGCUUGGUAUACAAAUUCCUCUGGAUAUGCACACCUAUCUGAAAUUCCUCCAGAAGAUAUCAAAAAGUUGAAAGUUUUGGAACAUCCCAGCGACAACUUUCUGGAACUCUCCGAUCGCAGAUUAUUCAAACUAUCGGCUGCGGACGUGCUGCUGAAGAAGAAAGAUUGGAUAAGAAAACUGUCCCUUAUGUACAGGGCGGACGUAUCGAAGAUGAGGUACGUCAUCUACUCGAACCCGCGCUUACCAAAAGUGCGCAGCGCUUCGCUCGCGUACGCGCCUCUAGAACCGAUGCCCGUCGCUCCCGUCAAACCCAAAGAGCAAGAAGAAGAACAGAGAGAAAUAGGCGGGGAAGAAGAAGAGGAGGAAGAGGAGUGGUGGACGGAGGAGGCGGAAGAGUCGGACGACGGGAAUUCUUCUUCCACGCGGAUAGCGUAUUCGCCCUCGCCUAGGAAGAGGCACUACCCGCCGAAGCCGAAGGAUCUGGUGCCGGGGCAUACGUUGCCAGUCGAGGUGAUUUGUGUGGAAUCCAAGGUAACGGUUGUAUGGCAAGAUGGCACUGAAGAAAAAGACAUUCCAUCCACCCAGCUGUAUUACUCCAUCUCUUUGGACGACCACGAAUUCUUUCCCGGAGAAUGGGUAGUUAGUGAUAACGCCAAAGACGAAAGUGAUAAAUAUGGGGUCGUCCAAAGCGUCAAUUAUUUGGAAAGGACGGCUAAGAUCAAAUGGUUCACAUAUUCCGAAACAAAAAAGGUGCCUGAAGAAUUAGCAAUAAACGAGAUGAGCGUUUACGAUUUGAAGAAGCAUUCAAAGUUCGUUUUCCGUCCACGUAGCAUAGUUAAGUCGAAACCCGAUCAAGACGAAAAAUUGGGCAAAGUUAUUGAUAGUUGUAUAGAAGGUUACGUGAAAGUGAAGUGGAUCGACGGCCUCGAGGAGCGCUGUUGGCCGCAGGACAUCGAACUCAUACCCGACACCGACGACUACUCGUUCUCUGACGAGGAAUCGACGGGGGACGAAGCGGGGGCCGGCUCCUCCUGGGAGACGGAGAGCAUCGAAUCGUACGCCGGCGAUCUGUCGGACGAGACGGCGCUGCAGAACGUGGCGGCGCGGUUGGAUUUCGUAAGGAAUAGGGUGGUGUUUAUGCGGGAGGCUUUCAAACAACACACGAUCAGCGAGAACUUUUCGUUCCUCAAAGACCUCCUCUUGGUCUACGAGAACUCCAGCUACCUUGACAAGCUGCUCGGCACCGCUUUCUUCAGCCUGAAGAGCAAACACUUCCAAGCUCUGCUGCACCAGGCCAAAGAGAAGGCCAAAUCGCUCGGCGUCGAUCUGCGCGGCCGGCUGUUUUCCAGCGACAACAUGUGUCCGUCCAUAUCCAGGAUCAAGGUGGCUGAGAAGGAGAACAUGAACAAGAUGAUCAAGCUGGAGAAUAGGAUCAACGCGCAGAUCGAGAAGAAGGAGGGCAAGGAACCUUUGGCCCCUAGCACUCCUCUGACGCCCGACAGCACCGAAGUCCCCUACAUUUCUCAGGAGAACCUCUGCGUGGAACUACUGUCGAUGCUGAAAAUUCGCAUGGAUCUCGCCUAUGCGGAAAUCAUCAGCCGCAUCGGCGGUCCUCAAGCCUUCAGCGUGCUGACCAAAGCGUCGGAGCAGGUCGCCCCGACGCCGUUCAGUUCGACGCCGUUGCCCAGCUGCCCCACCACGCCCGACGAGUCCUUCUCGGCGUUGAGCCCGUGGCGGGCGGGCCUGGGGGCGGGCUUGGCAGACGGGACGGUCGGGGCGGGGCAGAACGAGCCGUACGCCGCGGUGGAGGACGCGCCGCGCUCGCACCACUACUACGGGGCCAAGUUCGAGCCUACCGAUCUGCAAAGGUUUUUGAAAGCCGUCCAGCGGGAGUACAAGCUGCUGAAGGAAUCUCUGCCUUCUGGCGUGUGGGUGCGCUCGUACGGCAACCGCAUCGAUCUGCUGUCGGUGAUGAUCGAGGGCCCCGCCAAGACACCCUACGAGGAUGGACUGUUCCUCUUCGACAUACAGCUGAGCAUCGACUAUCCCAGGUCGCCGCCGCUCGUCCACUACAUCAGCUACAGCACCGAAAGACUGAACCCCAACUUGUACGUGGAGGGCAAGGUGUGCGUGUCGCUGCUGGGCACCUGGAUGGGGCGAGGCACGGAGGUGUGGGGCCCCAACAGCACGCUGCUGCAGCUCAUCGUCUCCAUACAGGGCCUCAUCCUGGUGGCGGAGCCCUACUACAACGAGGCCGGGUACGAGAAGCAGAACGACACGCAGCAAGGCAUCGAAAAUGCCCGAACCUAUAACGAGCUGGUGAUCCUGAAGCUGGUGCAAUCGAUGAAGGAACUGUUGCGAUCCCCGCCGGAAGUCUUCAAGGCGGAAAUAUACGCGCAUUUCGCCCGAAACGGCCAAAAAUUGUGCGACCGGCUGAACCGCUACUGCAACGAGACAGACCCUUCGACCCCGGAUUUUGCCCUGCUGCCGGUCAGCAAAGGGCUCAAACUGUCCCUUACUUCGGCGUUGGCCGCUUUCAGGGAGGCGCUGACGAAAAUUGGUGAUAAGAGUGGAGAUACGCCUAAAGAAUCGAUAUGACUUUGGUGGCUUCGCUCUCGAUCGUGAAACGUUUAUUGCUCGAAUUUUUUAACAAGCUUUUGGAUUUUUCGAAAUUGAUUUAUUUUUUAAAUGUGUGCAGGAGUCACCCUGUACCAGUCUGACUAGUCUUCGAAAUAGUCACUUCACUUGUUACUUCUUUGGGAUUAUUGUCUCAAUAAUUUGUAUCUUGGAGUCGUAAGCAAAGAUUUUUCUUUGUGUAAGUAUUUAUUUUUGUUAUUUAAGCUUUUUGUUUUAGUGUUCAUUGCGAGACUAUCAAAUUGAUUCAACCUCAUAAUACUCACUUUAUAUUGAAUUUUUGUACAACAAAAUUCUUGAGUCAAUAUAUUUUAGAUUAUAUUUUAAACCUGUUGUACUGGAGAUAUUAAUGAAAGUGAUACAUUGAGAUAAUGAAAUUUAUGUUUCUCAAAUAUAUUUUGGAAAAGCUUUUUUCAAACUGGAGUAUUAUGAAUAUGCAAUAUAAAGCACAAUAUUUAGGAUCCUAUUAUGAAAGUUAUUGUUGAACUUUGAAAAUUAUUACCUAGUGAUAUACGAUUUUCUAGAAUUGAGUAAAUGAUGUUUGUUGAUUAUAU